AUGUCUCUCCUUCGCUCGUCUGUUCUCCGACCUCAACUUUUGUCGUCUGCUCGUGCGUUCUCGGCAUCGGUAGCGAGGAGGCAGGCGGUGCCGACUGAGAAACCGGAGCUGAACAAGGAGUUUAAGAUCUACCGUUGGAACCCAGAUGAGCCCGCGAAGAAGCCGAUGCUGCAGUCAUACACUAUUGAUUUGAACCAAUGCGGUCCCAUGAUUCUUGACGCGCUCAUCAAAAUCAAGAAUGAGAUCGAUCCCACUCUCACCUUCCGUCGUUCCUGCAGAGAGGGCAUCUGUGGCUCAUGCGCCAUGAAUAUUAACGGUCAGAACACCCUCGCGUGCCUGUGCAGAAUCGAGCGCGACGAUGGCAAGGACACCAAGGUCUACCCUCUGCCUCACAUGUACAUCGUGAAGGAUCUCGUGGCAGACUUGACACUGUUCUAUAAGCAGUACAAGUCGAUUGAGCCGUACCUGCAGAACGACAACCCGCCUGCGAACCGGGAGUUCUUGCAGUCAAUUGAGGACCGCAAGAAGCUAGACGGCCUGUACGAGUGCAUCUUGUGCGCAUGCUGCUCGACUUCAUGCCCGAGCUACUGGUGGAACCAGGACGAGUAUCUCGGCCCGGCAACGCUCAUGGCUGCGUACCGCUGGAUGGCAGACUCUCGGGACUCGUACGGUGCUCAGCGCAAGGAGAAGCUGCAGAACGAGCUAAGCCUGUACCGCUGCCAUACGAUCUUUAACUGCUCGCGCACAUGCCCGAAGGGGCUUAACCCCGCGGCAGCUAUCGCGAAGAUUAAGCUGGACCUCGCUACGGAGUAA